AUGGCCAGCGCCACCAAGAAGCGCGUGUCGUACUUCUACCACCCCGAGGAGGGCCACUUCUACUAUGGCCCGGGCCACCCCAUGAAGCCGCACCGCAUGAAGCUGGCGCACCACUUAGUGGUCAACUACGACCUGUACCGCAAGAUGGACAUCUUCGAGCCGCACAUCGCGUCGGCCGAGGAGAUCAAGAACUUCCACGCGCCCGACUACAUCGACUUCCUCCAGAGGAUCAGCCCUAGCAACCAGAAGGACCUCGCAACCGAGCUGCAGAAGUACAACCUGGGCGAGCUGACGGACUGCCCCGUGUUCGACGGCAUCUUCGACUUCUGCCAGAUUUACUCAGGCGGCACACUGGACGCUGUGAGUCGACUGAACCACGGACAGUGCGACAUCGCCAUCAACUGGGCGGGAGGCCUGCACCACGCCAAGAAGUCGGAGGGAUCGGGCUUCUGCUAUGUGAACGACAUUGUGCUCGGCAUCCUGGAGCUGCUCAAGUACCACCCACGCGUGCUGUACAUUGACAUUGACGUGCACCACGGCGACGGUGUGGAGGAGGCCUUCUACGUUACGGACCGAGUCAUGACCGUGUCCUUCCACAAGUACGGCGACUUCUUCCCCGGCACAGGCGACAUCAAGGAUAUCGGCACCAAGAACGGCAAGUACUACGCCGUCAACUUCCCGUUGCUGAGCGGCAUGAAUGACGAAAGUUACGAGAGUGUGUUCAAGCCUGUGAUCCAGAAGGUCAUGGAGACUUUUGCACCCUCUGCUGUGGUGCUGCAGUGUGGCGCUGACUCGCUGACUGGAGACCGUCUUGGCUGUUUCAACGUCACUACACGAGGACACGGUGAAUGUGUGAAGUUCGUGAAGAGCUUUGGCCUGCCGAUGCUGGUGCUCGGCGGAGGUGGCUACACGAUCCGCAACGUCUCGAGGGCAUGGGCCUACGAGACAUCCAUUCUGCUUGACGAGGAGGUGUCCAACAACAUUCCGUACAACGACUACUUCGAGUUCUACGCCCCGAAUUUCAAGCUGCACCUCGAGCCGGACCCGGAUCUUGAGAACGCGAAUUCUAGGGAGUACUUGGACGAGUGCAAGACCAAAAUCUUUGAGAACCUUCGCGCGUUAACUGGAGCUCCGAGCGUUCAAAUGAGCCAAGCGCCUCCGACGCACAUGCUUCGCGAAGAGGAUGAAUACGCGGCGGAUCCGGACUCACGAACCGAUAAUGACGGAAAGCGGCAGCAUGAGGCCGAGUUUUAUAGAGACGGCAAGGACCAGCGAGGAAACGACGAUGACGCCGAUGCCAGCGCUACUGCAGCCAACGGUUCAGCCCAGGAAGGAGGGGACAACACGGCACCGGAUGUCAUCCCCAUGGAUGUUGAUUAGACAGCAAAGACGAGAAGAGGCCUGGACUGGGCUGGGCUGGACUCUUUUCUUCUUGGCCAGCCAUGCUCGCUUCCUCGCGCUUGUGCAUUUUUCUCUCUUUAAUACGAUGAUGACCCG